AUGAGUAUAUUUCUUGUCACAGCCCUGGUGGUCUGCCUUGUCAGCCAUGGAGCCGACAUGGCCACAGCUUCGGCAGCUUGGGAUGACCAAGAUUUCUUCAGAAACUGUCCGCCGUCCCGGUGCAGCAAGGAUGGACCCGAGAUCCGGUUCCCACUCCGGCUUGAUUCCAGCAAUACAUCUUCAUCCUGCGGUGCAACAUGUGCGAAGCUAGCAUGCUCAGGCCAAUCCACUAUCAUGCUUCACCCACUUCUUGGCCCAUGCAAUGUCAACGCCAUAAAUUACACCGGUGCCCUCCUCAACAUCACCCCGCUUACCUCCGCGUGCACAAUGAUUCAGAAUCUCAUAUCGACAAGUUCACCACCGGCUGACACUGGCCACCACUGUACUCCACAUUAUAGCAGAUCUGGAAGGCUUGUAGGCUGCUCAAGGGAGUUCACGCCAAGCGGGAUUACUCAGUAUCCCGUCUAUGACGAGAGAGGCAGUUACUAUGCUUCUGCCUCAGCUGCCGAUACUAUCGCCGGCCCAAUCUCCUGCCUUAGCAACAAAACCCACUUCUCGUAUUUGGUGGCAACUUAUGCAUUCAUGUAUUAUCUUCCAUUAGACUGCAAGGUCAUAUCAGAUGUCGCCCUCCCGAUAUUUGGCACAGGAUAUUAUGGGUCAGCAUCCAAGCAUGGUGUUGAAGGAGCCCUCCAGUUUUAUGACAUAGCAGCCGACUGGAGUGAACAGGAGCCGUCAUCCAUUCCCUCUGAGUGCCAAAAAUGUGAGAAGAACGGGCAACGCUGCGCAUUCAGCUCGCAAAAGAACGAAACAUUCUGCUUGUCUCAACCUCAUAAAGGUUCAUGUGUCAAAAUCAUUGCAGCUACAUCAUCUUCAGCCGCAUUUGUUGUUCUUCUGUUGAUGGUAGCCACUGCUCUUUAUCUUUCGCUAAAGACAAGAUACAAUGAAGAGAUACAUUUGAAAGUUGAAAUGUUCCUCAAGACAUAUGGCACAUCAAAACCCACAAGGUACACUUUCUCCGAAAUUAAGAAGAUAACAAGACGGAUCAAGGAUAAAUUAGGACAAGGUGGAUUUGGAAGUGUGUACAAAGGUGAGCUACCAAAUGGAGUUCCUGUGGCGAUCAAGAUGCUGGAGAACUCUAAUGGAGAGGGGCAGGAAUUCAUCAAUGAAGUUGCAACUAUCGGGAGAAUCCACUAUACAAACAUUGUCCGCCUUCUUGGCUUUUGCUCUGAAGGUACAAGAAGGGCUAUUAUUUACGUAUUCAUGUCUAAAGAUUCAUUGGAGAAAUAUAUAUUCUCAGGUAAUUACAUUGUUCCCCGAGAACUCCUGGCACCAGAAAAAAUGCUAGAUAUUGCUUUAGGCAUUGCUAGAGGAAUAGAAUACUUGCAUCAAGGAUGCAAUCAGCGCAUCCUCCACUUGGACAUCAAGCCUCACAAUAUCUUACUGGACUACAGCUUUAAUCCGAAGAACUCAGACUUCGGCCUUGCAAAGUUAUGUGCAAGGGACCAAAGCAUCAUUAUCUUGACCGCAGCAAGAGGCACCAUGGGUUACAUCGCACCAGAACUAUACUCUAGGAACUUUGGAGGGAUAUCCUACAAGUCAGAUGUUUACAGUUUUGGCAUGCUGGUGUUAGAAAUGGUGAGUGGGAGGAGGAACUCAGACCCAAGUGUUGGGAUCCAGAACCAGGUAUAUCUCCCGGAGUGGAUCUAUGAGAAAGUAAUGACUGGAGAGGAACUGGUGCUUACUCUGGAAGUGACACCAGAAGGGCAAGUAAAUAUGAGACAGCUGGCUAUUGUGGCACUGUGGUGUAUUCAGUGGAACCCAAGAAACCGGCCAUCAAUGACAAAGGUGAUAAACAUGUUAUUGGGAAGUUUGCAGGAUCUGCAGGUGCCGCCUAAGCCCUUUGUCCCAUAUGACAAUCGCCGCACGCCAUAA